UGCUAGGGUUAGGGUUAGCCAUCAAUACACACAAAAGUACCCUACUUCAUCGCUUUCUUUUUUUUUCUUUUCCUUUUUGGGAUUCGCCUUCCAGGCUCAAUCCAGUCAAAAUCUGGUUAAGUUCUUGCCAUUCAUCAAAAGCCCAUUUAUAUAAACACAGAGUACAGUUAGUUAAUUAGGGUUUCGUUUCUUGAUAAAAAAAACAAAUGAUGAAGAAACGCCAAGUUGUACUAAAAAGAGAUGGAAGAUGUUCUACUACUUCAUCUUCAGUAGUGAGAAAUGUUAGAUACGUAGAGUGUCAGAAGAAUCAUGCGGCGAAUAUGGGAGGAUAUGCUGUUGAUGGUUGCAGAGAAUUCAUGGCUAGUGGAGAAGAUGGUAGUCAUGGUGCUCUUUUCUGUGCUGCUUGUGGCUGCCAUAGAAAUUUCCAUAGAAGAGAAGUGGAAACUGAGGUUGUUUGUGAGUAUUCUCCACCUAAUUCUAGUAAUCGUCGAUGAGUUUUUAAGAUUAGAAAACAAAAUUAAAACACACAUAAAAAUAUAUAGAGUGAUCAAGAUUAUGAGUUCUUGAUGUGAAUUUGACUAAUGAUUGUUGUGUGAAGGGGAAAAAAAAGGAACCAGGAAACACAAAAAUUAUAAUACUUCUCAAGAAGUGGGCUCUUUUUUGAAUUUAUUUUUCAAGAUUGUAAUAUAUAUAAACUUCAAGUAAUGCUAUUAAUCUUUCAAGAAACCUUGAGGGAAUUUCGUC